UUACCGUGUUGCUGGGGUGUGUGAUUGCCGACGGCGACGGUUCUGUGGCAAUCUCCGCUCCCACUUUCUCCUCCCUCCCGCCCCUCCUCUCUUGGUUGGGAACCGCAGCAACGAAGGGAUGUACAGAAACAGGAGGAACCCGUCGUGCAGCUGGUUGGUGUCGCCGUCGGGGCUGACCAGCGCGUCUGCCGCCUCCAUCACGUCAGCCAU